UUCACCAUCUAUCUACUCAAUCCUCUAAGAGACUAAAGCUAGCUAGAGGGAGGCCAGGUCACUCUUGCUGCUUAGUCUUCGUUUCUGAGUUUGCAUGUAAUGAUCAUCAUCAUCAUCUUCUUUAAGGCCUAGCUUGCUUUCAUAAUAAGCAGAAAUCAAUGGCCUUCUAGUUGAGUACGUACUUGGAGUUAGUGUUGUAUUAUAAUAGUUACAAAGUGAAAAUGAUGUAUGAUUCAAUACUUGCCAGAAGCUUCAGUCGGCAUGAGCAGAAGAAACUAGGAUAUGGAGCCUUUCUUUGCUGCUUGUUCCUAGCAUUGUGCUUCUGCACAGUGCUGAAGCCUAGUUUGAAUCCUCUACCAGCUUUGAAUUUGCAGCGAUCACUUGGUGUCAGAAACAAGAUACUGGCACUAAUGGAGUCGAACAACGAAUCGAACAGCUCUGAGCAUGUAGUGAUCACAACUAAAGUUAUUGAUCGCAUCAUAAAGAACGAAGAGUUCAAGAAUGUGAGUCUUAUUCAUGAAGAUGAAGUAGAAGAUUCUAAACAAGAGCAGAAAGAUGAAAGCAUUGCGGAGAGUGUUACUACUAGUCCCAUUUCGAGCAGCGGUGACGAUGAUGAUCAUGAGACAAAGAUUGUUGAAGUUGUGACAAAGACGGCUAGUGUGGAGCGAAUUAUUUGCAAUGUCAAGCAACCAAGAACUGAAUAUUGCGAGGUCAACGGUGAUGCUCGGGUGGAUGGAAAAUCUUCCUCAGUUAUUGUUGCUUCAUCUCAACUGGAGAUGUCAUCAGAGGGCAAUGGCUCCUGGACUAUAAGAACUUAUGCUCGAAAAGAAGAUGCAACAGCAAUGAGUCAUGCUAGGAAAUGGUUUGUGAAACAAGCAAGUACAGAUGAUCCGGAAACUCCUCAAUGUAGUAGGAAUCAUAAUGUUCCGGCCAUUCUGUUUUCAAGUGGAGGAUACACUGGAAACCAUUUCCAUGACUUCACUGAUGUGGUGAUUCCCCUCUUCAUCACUUCACGAAAAUACAAGGGUGAAGUUCAGUUUCUUGUCACAGAUAUACGACCAUUUUGGAUUGAGAAGUUCAAAGCAAUACUAAAAGGAUUGUCCAACUAUCAGUUCAUUGACAUUGACAAUGAGCAAGAAGUCCAUUGCUUCCCAAGCAUAACCGUUGGCCUCAUACGACACGAAAAGGAGCUGAGCAUCAAUGAUCCUUCAAAAUAUUCACAUACCAUGAAAGACUUCAGGGAGUUUUUGAGGGAAACUUAUUCCUUGAAGAAAUCUAAUGCUAUUAGAGUCAAAGAUGGUCAACGCAAAAAGCCGCGGCUUCUGAUCAUCCCAAGGAAGAGAACAAGGUCUUUCACCAAUACAGGAGAGAUUAUGAGAAUGGCGAAACGCUUGGGGUACAAGGUAAGUGUGGCAGAAGGUAUCUCAGACGUUGCGAAAUUUGCACAACUUGUGAAUGCUUGUGAUGUGUUGAUGGGAGUUCAUGGAGCUGGCCUCACGAACAUUCUUUUUCUCCCGGAAAAUGCAGUCGUCAUCCAAAUACUUCCGGUUGGAGGAUUUGAAUGGCUUGCCAUGACAGAUUUCGGCGAGCCUUCGCAGGAUAUGAACCUCAAGUACUUGGAGUAUAAGAUAAGCAAUGAGGAGAGCACAUUGAUACAGCAAUACCCUCUUGACCAUGCAGUUUUUACUGAUCCCUACUCUAUUGGAAAACAAGGGUGGGAAGCAUUCAAGUCAAUCUUUUUGGACAAGCAAAAUGUAAAGCUCAAUGUCGAUAGGUUCAAACCCACUUUGUUAAAAGCCCUUGAGCUUCUUCACCAGUAGGUCAUUGUAUGAUUUCUAGAGGAAGAGGAAACAAACAAGGCCCUUUAGGUCAUGUUACUUCGUGUAAUUCUUUACCAUUUCUAUGCUUUUUUAGCCCAAGUGUUUCUCAUCUCAUUGGUUUUGAGAUGUCCCUAUUGUAUAGAACUUGAGGAACAGGCAUUUAUGAAAAUUUUAA